UUAUCUGCCCCGGGUGAGCUGCCGCGUUGAAGCUCGACCUUCGGACCGUGGCUUCCUCGUAGUUCAGUACCUGUUAUAGUCAACAAGCUGCAGUCAGGUCCUCAAACCGAACCAAACACACACUACGUGGAAAAACAUGACGAGGUUAAGUUGAGGAGACGAAACAAAGAAAAAGACAAAGCAAAGUUGUCAACAAGGAAGCUGUAGCUGGAGAGGACAACAGUAAACCUGAUGCACAGACUGUAUCAUCAAGUGAACAGAUAGUUGGCAAAGAGGAAAGCACAGAUCCUCAGAUGGACGCUGUGAUUGAAGUAAAAGGAAGCACGUCUCAUGUGAAUGUGUCCUGGGAUGAGAAGAAUGGGGAAGGAGUGGUGGAUGACUCAGAAAAGACAACUGAUGCAAGUGGUCAGAUGAUGGAUCGUGGUGAACACAGUCAGAUGACCUCGUCAGCUGAUGCAGCCGGUACCAUGGAGGCCGCUCCCAGUGAGGCCACAAAGACGAACGAAAAGCAAGAGACGGAGGAAUCUGGAGACUGUCAGAUGGACAUCACUGUUGGAGAAAGAGAAAGUACAAUCGCUGUAACCUGGGAAGAGAAGAAGAAUAAGGAAGGAGAGCGUGAUAAACAGAUGAAUGGUAAAGAGAAGAAAGUAAAAGGGAAACGGAAGGUGGACUCCACCGCUGAUACCUCUCCAUCGAAGAAAACUAAACUCAUCAAUGACGGUUUCUGUCUUUUCGUUGGCAACCUGAACACCUCUAAGAAAUUUGAAGAAGUCAGGGAUUCGUUAGCGAAUUUCUUCAUGACACAGAGUCUGCUGGUUCAAGACAUCAGACUGGACCGGUCCAGAAAACACGCACAUGUAGAUUUGGCCUCAGAGAUGGACUUGACCAAAGCUUUGACAUUAAACGGAGCGAUGGUACUCGACAAGCCGAUGAAGAUCGACAAAGCAAAGAUCAAGGAUGCGGAAAAGGUGAAAGUGAAAAUUUCACCUGCGGACAAAAAAGCAUCCAGAGAUGCUAAAUGUCUGUUUCUGAAGAACCUACCGUACACCGCAACAAAAGAGGACAUUAUGAAAAUCUUCCGCAAAGCCGUCAGUGUGAGGUUUCCUGAUGAUGCUGAAGGCCCAAGCAAAGGCAUUGCCUUUGUGGAGUUGAAAAACAAAACCGUUGCUAAGAAACUACUGCAGAAAAAACGAGUUUUCAAGAUACAAGACCGGGUUUUGAUUGUGGACUCUGUAGGAGAAGGAAGAAAGCCUCAAGCCGACACAGCUACUGACAACAAAAUAACAAGAGCUGCAGCUCCUCCAAAUAACACAUUAUUUGUAAGCAAUUUGUCUUACGAUGUGAACGAAAAGAAACUGAGGAGCAUCUUUCAGAAGGCUGUUGAGAUCACUGUACCGAAAAGCAAAGGCAAAGCAAGAGGAUUUGCCUUUGUGGAGUUCAGGACUGUGGCAGAUGCUGAGGAGGCCUUACAGUCCACCCAAAACAUGAAGCUCCUGGAAAGGGAGGUCAAGGCACAAUUCUACGACACGCAAGAGAAGGCAGAGAAGGCGGAGAAGGCCAAAGUGAAAGUGGAGGAGGUGAAGGAGAAGGCGGAGAAGGUCAAAGUGAAGGCGGAGGAGGUGAAAGUCCUGACAACCACCCUGAUUGUGAUGGGCCUCGCUCAGAAAACGACCGCAGAGACUCUGAAAAGUGCUUUUGAAGGGGCGAGCAGUGCCAGAGUCAUCCUAAAUAAAGAGACAGGAGCUUCAAAAAAGUAUGGCUUUGUGGACUUCGAGAAUGAAGAAAGCUGCAAAGCUGCCAAAGAAGCCAUGGAGGACUGUGAGAUAGACGGCAGCAAAGUGACCGUCACUUAUGCAAACCCCAAGGGAGUCAAAGUCGCUAGGGGAGGCCUGGCGAGGCGUCCUGCAGGUCAGAAGGGUGCUGCCCGAGGUGGGCGCAAGGACCAAGGCGGAAAAGGCAGCAGAGGAGGUAAAGGACACGGAGCUGGCAAACGGAAAGCUGUGAAAAAAGGGGGAAACAAAGGAUAAAUAACUUUCCCUGGGAAAAGUUGUAAAGAUUUUUCUGUGUCUCUUUUUACCCUGAAGUGUGUGUGAGCUGAAGACUCUUCCGUCUGGUUGAAUGUACUGACAGAUGUGUACACUAUAUUCAAAGUCCUGCCUGAUUGUAGGACAUUUCUACACCUUGAAAUAUCAUCUGACAUAUUUUUCACUUUAAACCAUCGACUUCAUGACCGACUGUGUCUAACAUGAUGAAUUUGCUGUGUGAAAGGCUGGUUCAGGUUUCAUCCGUGUGUGAUUUUCUAAAUGUGAAGAUAAACGUCUUUUAAAUCCAA